AUGGAGUCUUCGAAGAACUCGAUUGUGAAGGGCCAAGAGGAUCAACGGCCGUUAAAAGAGGAUCAGCGGGCGAAGGUUGUAGAAUGGGAAGAUUAUGAACAGGAGCUCGCCCGCCUUUGCAGUUUGACUUCAGCACUCGAACAAGGGAGGGGGAAGAAGGAUUUGCUUGAAGAGAAGCUCCAUUCAUUGAUACAGAUAGAAGCAGAAUCUUUAAGUCGGUUAAAUGAGCUUGAUCGAAUGCGUGAAAAACUGGAAUCUCGUAAGUUGGUGAUGGGAAAUAUGUCAAUGCACUCCAAGGUUGUGAAGGAGAAGGUGAGAAAGCAAGAGGAACAACUUAGUGCUGAAAUAAGAUCUCUAUUGGCUGGUGGAAGUUCUCUUUCCGAGGCCAACAAGCGUAUGCUGGAAGCAAGCAGGUCACUUGCUGGAGAAAAAGGUUAUGGUCAUUUGAGAAACUUGCAAAAAUUAUUGAGAGUAAGGCAACAGUAUAUGGUCUCACAGGUUUCCUUGCUAUAUCCAGUAAAGGUUGUGAUCUGCAGAACCCCUGAUCAAGAGCUUGAAUCGUUUAGUAGCAGUACCAAGUCAGGUGUUUCUGAUGGAUCAAAACACGUGGACCACACCACUUUGACAAUCUCAGGUCUGCACCUAAACGUGAUCCCUUUUACAAAGAUGAGUUUUUUCACUGACAAGAAGGAGGUUCAGCGAUCCUCAACUGCCCUGGGAUAUGUUGCCCAUGCUGUAACACUUAUUGCAUCUUAUUUACAAGUGCCUUUGCGCUAUCCAUUACGAUUGGGGGGUUCUCGAACAUAUAUACGUGACUAUACUCCUUCAAUUGAACCUUCAGCAUCAAAUACAACAUUGGAUUCGUUAACUUUGACAAGCACGAAGCCUGUAGAAUUUCCCCUCUUUAUUGAGGGUCAGGAUUCAACUCGAGCAGUUUAUGCUGUAUUCUUGCUGAACAAGGAUUUAGAGCAGCUCUUGAAUUUUAUCGGUGUCAAGAGCUUAGGACCACGCCAUGUUUUAGCGAAUUUAAAGGAGCUUACAAGGACCAUUCUUUCUCCAGAGUAUAUAGAUAUGUGA